AUGGCGAGGAUCGUUCCAAGCACAAAACAGUCACCUGAUCACCCCCAGAUCAGUCAGUACACAGUCGGCUCCACAGCCAUCGCUUCAGUCAGUCCUGAUCACAUCGGGAUCAGUCAGUACACAGUCGGCUCCACAGCCAUCGCUUCAGUCAGUCCUGAUCACAUCGGGAUCAGUCAGUACACAGUCGGCUCCACAGCCUUCGAUUCAGUAAGUCCUGAUCACAUCGGGAUCAGUCAGUACACAGUCGGCUCCACAGCCAUCGCUUCAGUCAGUCCUGAUCACAUCGGGAUCAGUCAGUACACAGUCGGCUCCACAGCCAUCGCUUCAGUCAGUCCUGAUCACAUCGGGAUCAGUCAGUACACAGUCGGCUCCACAGCCAUCGCUUCAGUCAGUCCUGAUCACAUCGGGAUCAGUCAGUACACAGUCGGCUCCACAGCCAUCGCUUCAGUCAGUCCUGAUCACAUCGGGAUCAGUCAGUACACAGUCGGCUCCACAGCCAUCGCUUCAGUCAGUCCUGAUCACAUCGGGAUCAGUCAGUACACAGUCGGCUCCACAGCCAUCGCUUCAGUCAGUCCUGAUCACAUCGGGAUCAGUCAGUACACAGUCGGCUCCACAGCCAUCGCUUCAGUCAGUCCUGAUCACAUCGGGAUCAGUCAGUACACAGUCGGCUCCACAGCCUUCGAUUCAGUAAGUCCUGAUCACAUCGGGAUCAGUCAGUACACAGUCGGCUGGCUUGACCUCCAACCAGCCAUCCAUUCAGACAGUACGCCAGCCUCGCUAGCGUUCCUGAAACAGUCACUGAUCACACCUGGAUCAGUCAGUACACAGUCGGCUGGCUUGAUCUCCAACCAGCCAUCCAUUCAGUCAGUUCUCUUCACGGCUACCCUGCCAUCGAACUAUCCAGUUCCAGUACAAGUCUCAGUCAAUUCAAUACCGAUCCAUCAAGACUCGGCUCAAUGA